UUCGUUCAGUUCCCUUCCCAAGCACAACACCGAGCAUCCUCCUCAGCCCGCACCCCAGCCGCCGCCGUCUCUCCAAAACCCAAGCAAACCCUAGAUCCGCCGCCCCUCGUUUUCCGACCGAAGCUCCGGCGAGACCCACCCCUCCGCCAGCGAAGAUGCCGAACCUCGAGUGCCGGAUGUACGAGCCGCGGUUCCCGGAGGUGGACGCGGCCGUGAUGAUCCAGGUUAAGCACAUCGCCGACAUGGGCGCGUACGUGUCCCUGCUCGAGUACAACAACAUCGAGGGCAUGAUCCUCUUCUCCGAGCUCUCCCGGCGCCGCAUCCGCUCCAUCUCCUCCCUCAUCAAAGUCGGCCGCCAGGAGCCCGCCAUCGUGCUCCGUGUGGACCGCGACAAGGGCUACAUCGACCUCUCCAAGCGCCGUGUCUCCGAGGAGGAGGCGCACUCCUGCGAGGACAGGUACAACAAGUCCAAGCUCGUGCACUCCAUCAUGCGCCACGUCGCCGAGACGCUCGAGAUCGACCUCGAGCCGCUCUACCAGCGCAUUGGCUGGCCGCUCUACCGCAAGUACGGCCACGCCUUCGAGGCCUUCAAGCUCAUCGUCGCCGACCCCGACUCCAUCCUCGACGCACUGACCUAUGAAGAGAAGGAGACCGGCCCAGAUGGCCAGGAGGUGACUAAGGUGGUGCCUGCUGUCACCCCUGAGGUUAAGGAUUCUCUGGUGAAGAACAUAAGGAGGAGGAUGACUCCACAGCCACUCAAGAUCCGUGCUGAUGUGGAGAUGAAAUGCUUCCAGUUUGAUGGAGUGCUCCACAUUAAGCAAGCCAUGAAGAAAGCUGAAGCCUCUGGCAAUGAUAACUGUCCUGUGAAGAUUAAGCUAGUUGCUCCUCCACUUUAUGUUCUGACCACACAGACUCUUGACAAGGACCAAGGAAUUUCAGUUCUCACUGAUGCAAUCAAGGCUUGUACAGCAGAGAUUGAAAAAUACAAGGGAAAGUUGGUAGUGAAGGAACCACCAAGAGCUGUGAGUGAGCGGGAAGACAAGCUAUUCCUGGACCAGAUUGAUUCCCUGAUGGAGCAAAAUGCUGAGGUUGAUGGUGAUGAUGACAGUGAAGAGGAGGAAGACACAGGAAUGGGCGACGUUGACCUGACAAAUUCCGGAGUCACGGCGUAUUAAGUCUCCUCUGGUUGGUUUGGAUGAGAUUUGCUGUAUAGCACCAGCUAAGAUCUAAGACGUCCUGUUUGGAAGCAGUUCUUUUGUUAGGCCUUUUGUGGCUGAUCCCCCUGUGAAUUCACUGAAACCUGCGGUAUUCAUGUUUUGGGGUUCAGCUGAUGUCGGGAAAGCUUCUACUUUGGUUGAGCAGCACCUAAUUUUUCUUGGAAGUGAAACAAAGUUCGUUCUUAUACACAAGUUCUGUUAAUUUGCCGCA